AGAGCUACAGUUCAAGUAAAAUCGUUUGCAGAGAGACAUGAAUGAUCAAAGAUACGGUCUUCAAGAUACUGAAAGACUACUUCCAGAUGGAAUCGAGUUUGGACAGACCGAACCACCGCUGUGCGAUUUCAUCAAAAGUAUUCUGGACAAGUAUCCCGUCGGUGGACAGAUUUUAAAAGAACUGAUCCAAAAUGCAGACGACGCUGGUGCAAAGGAAGUGAAUUUCCUUCUUGACAGUAGAAGUCAGGCACAUGGUACCUCUUGGACCAUCCCGUUUGGCUCAUUCCUUCAAGGUCCAGCGCUGUACGCUCAAAACGAUGCCGCAUUUACAGAGGAAGACUGGUCGGGUAUUCGGUCUCUCUACCGCAGCGUGAAAAGAGAAGACCCUCUAAAAAUUGGAAAAUUUGGCAUUGGAUUCAAUUGCGUGUACCACCUGACAGAUUUUCCCACAAUCACUAGCGGUGACACGAUUGGAUUUCUAGAUCCACACAAACGCUUAUGGCCUGGAGAGAGCGGUAAGCGUUACCCUCUUCGGAUAACAAAGAUACCCGAACUAGAGUCUCAGUUUGCGGUACUAAAUGUUCUUGGAUGCAAUGUCUCUGAAUCAGAAUCCUACAACGGAACUCUCUUCCGUUUUCCACUGAGACAGAGAGGUUCGAAUUCGGAGAUCAGUUCUAGUGUGUGGGAUACAGACAGAGUACUGGAUGUUGUAUGCAAGUCUUUCCAAGAAGAUGCUCAUCUCAUUUUGUUAUUUUUGAAGUCGGUAGAGAAGAUAUCGUUGUAUCACUGGAUACCACCUAACCGAAAACCCCACACCAUCUUUUCAACGGAACUAUCUCACCGAACAAUACGUGAAGUGCGCACAAAGAGAGGUGAACUACUGGAAUGCGCACGAAAACUUCCUCGAGCUCUGCAGAAUUUCUGGGUGAAUCAAUCAUCAGAGAAAUGUUUCCGUGCGGAAGUAAUGUGUACGUAUCGAGGAAAGGCUCCAGCCACACAAAGUUGGAUGGUGUUACACAGAAUUGAUAAUACGGACAGCGAUGUUCGACAAAUGGCAGAGAGUUUGCAUCUGUCACCGUGGGUUGGACUCGCUAUCCCAGUCGGGCAAGAAACGAAGCAUGCGGCACACCUUGGAAAAAUAUUUUGCUUUCUUCCGCUGCCCCCCAGCGAUGACGAUAGCAGUAUGAGUGGAUUGCCCGUCCAUGUCCACGGCUCUUUUGCCCUAGCCGAUAACCGCAGAAGUCUUAGUUGGCCUGCCAGAGACAGAAAACACGACCCUAAAGCGCAGUGGAAUUAUCUUCUCUUAGAACGUGUUCUUCCAGUCGCCUACGCCAGUCUGAUUUACAUUUGCACCGGUCAAGCAGAAUCAAAGUGGGACAUUCGUCGACACGACGUCUAUAAUGCCUGGCCCGUUCCAAGAGAUGUCAGAGAGCAUUGGAAGCAAAAGGUCCUGCCCGAGCUCUUUUCAAUGCUCUCUCGUGAACGCAUCUUGUAUACAGAGGCACAAGGCGGAACGUGGAUUCGAGCAGAGGACGCGGUCAUAUUGUCAUCGUCGUCGCACGAUUCAUCGGAGCAGAUUGCAAAGCAAAUUAUGAUAUCUAGAAACAUUUGUGUCGUUGUUGUGCCGCCUAAUGUUGAAAAAUGUUUGUCAGACCCAAAAUAUUUUCUGGUAAAACGGCUCAGCCCGGAAUUCGUGAGAAAUAAUCUGCGUGGCGACGUGUGCCCUUUUCCCUAUGCAACCCCUCCUACCCAUCAGCUCAAACUAUUGAAGUAUAUCCUUCAGGAUAAAGCGUAUUCAGAGUUACAAGACGUGAAACUGCUGCCGAUGGCUGAUGGUACAAUGGAGACGUUUGAAACAAGACAUUCAACAGCCAGUCCUGUUUACGUCAGUUCUAAUGAAUGCCCGUUGUCUUUGUUUCCUGGUCUUGAGAAGCACUUCUUAAAGCCAUCGAUUGAUGCCGACCUCUCUGCUCACCUGAAGAGUAUCGAGAUGAUAAGCACAACACAAAUACAACUCUUGUCACCUAACGAAGUUCCCAAAUUGAUUAAGAAAAUUCUGCCUAAAAAUAGAUCUCUCACGAUAGAGUCUCCACUGCGUUCUCGAACCUACAGCUGGCUGUCUGAGUUAUGGAAAUGGCUACAUCGCCAUCCCUUAAAUCUUGUCUCUUUUGAAGACUGUCAUAUUGUUCCGUGUACUCCAAACAACUGCCUCGUAAAGCUGGCUCGAGACCAGCCUGUUAUUUUCCGACGACAACGUGAAAAUGACCUGGAGCUUGUAGAUGAAGUGGUAGAGAGCCUUCAAAGCCUUGGAUGUGUUGUUGUACAGAGUAACCUAUACGACUUGAAACUCCAUCCUAGGAUUACCGACUACAUUUUGCUGCCAUGUCAGGUUUUGUCUUGCUUGGCAAGGUUGUCUGAUCAUGAUGUCGUCGCACAAUUGCCGCACAAAGCAAGACAACCUCUACUCCUCUACCUGGCUCGAGUGCUACAAAUGUACAAACCCGAAAGUGAAGAUGAGAAAGAUGUUCUGUGGAGACUUCCAUUGUUCCAACUCCGAAACAGUCGGGAGAAAUGCACAACAUCGAUACAGCAAUGUUCACAAAUAGCUCCAAAACUAGCUCAUCUACCGAACUCUUUGCCUGUCAAAAGGAAGUUUAUUAAAUAUCCUGGACCAGAAGAAAAAAAGGUGCUCACAUGUAUUGACCGGUCACGUUACAGCUACUUAUCCUUCAGUCAUGUCAUUGAGAACGUGGUGCUGCCUGACAUCCCUAGGAGGGUGUAUACCAUUGACGAAACGAUACAAUUAGUGAAGUACAUUCUAAGUCACCAAGACCUCGCCAAUGAUCAAAUAUUUAAGAAAUUGAAUACUUUGAAAUUUGUUCCCGUCACAUCAAAACGGUUGAAGUCACCUGCGGAAGUCUUUGAUAGCGCUGAUCCGUACGUUACUGAGCUGUUCAGUGACAAACGAAUGUUAUCUUCAGACGAUGAACUUGAGAGACUGAUUCGCUCUAGUCCUGUAGAGUUCAAAAACAUAUCUUCCGUGACGGCUCGUGAGCUUUUGUCACUUGCUCAAGACGCCAGUAAAGGAGAUAAUCAGAAAUCAAAAGGCUUGAUGACAAUGCUAGCCAAUGAGACGUGGACGGACAACAAACUGAAAGAGAAUUUACAGCCAGAGUAUCCAGAUCUUGCAAGUGCUUUAUCGAAUAUAGCUUGGUUACCGUGUCUUACCAAACGACCGUCCGGCUAUCCGAGUUCGGUUCCUUGGAAAGCAGUUUCACAGACGAGUAAGCCGUCGGAAACACUCUAUGUUCCUUCUGGUUGCUCUACUGCCGAAUGUUGUAACUUGGUCGGCAGUCAGCAAGUCUUACUAGACAUGACACUCAGAGAGGAAACAGUGCAAAUUCUCAAAUUUGCCCCGUUGACGUACGAUACGGUUUUAGGACAUCUAAAAACAGCAGUCCAUUGCUGGAAUGCCAAGAAUGCAGAUAAAGAUGAUAGGAAACAGUUUGGCGAGAUGAUGCAAGCAAUACUAAAUGUGUUAGGUACACCUAAACCUCGACCUGAGUCUGUGCUCGACCAACUGAAAGAAUGGAGUUCACAAGGCAUUGCUUGGAUAUGGUUAGACACCACACAUGGAUUAGUUCAGUUAUCUCAACUGGUCUUGGAGGCUAAUGAUUGGAGAUUGGAAGAUUGGAGAUUUUCAGUAUCAAACUUUAGCCAUCUCAAAGACUGUGAGCCACUGUUCACGGAUCUUGGUAUGAAAAGAACGUGGAGCGACUCAGAUCUAAUGUUCUUGCUGAAAGACGUGAGAGAGUUCCACUCCACCGAGCCCAAAGCUCGCACACAAAUUCGAGCACGCCGAGACUUGCUUCUCUGUUUAGAUGUCUUAAAAUUGCUUACUAAGGACAACAACAAAAUUCCAGUCUCUGUGCAAAGUGAAGUCUACGUACCAGUUGAUGGACCUGAUGACUACCUGGAACUAGCUCCAGUUUCUGCAGUAAUCUACAGUGAUGCUACAAGCCCCCUCGACGUAGGCAAACAUCGCAAGCUGACAGCCAAGUUGAUUCAUCGUGACGUGUCACAUGCUACCGCUUGUGCUUUAGGCGUACGCGACGCUACUCGUCGUUCGCUCCUUCAUGUUGGUGCACGAUCUGCGCAAGACGCCAAGUUGCUUGAGUCAUCGACUGACAUUCCUGGAGAAGCGUUUGGACAGACAGAGAAACUCACGGAUAGGCUUAACACUAUCUUGAGAGAUUAUCCAAAAGGCGAGGAGAUUCUAAAGGAAUUGCUGCAAAACGCAGACGACGCGGGAGCCACUUUACUACAUGUCAUAUAUGACAAGCGUGAGCACGGCACGUCCUUUGUGUUUAGCCCUGAAUGGACAGAUCUGCAAGGACCAGCCCUAUGCGUUUACAAUGAUCGAGUUUUUACAGACAAGGACAUCGAAGGCAUUCAGAAUUUGGGCAGAGGAAGCAAGCGCGAAGACCCCACCCUCACCGGUCAAUAUGGCAUCGGAUUUAAUGCCGUCUACCAUCUGACCGAUUGCCCUUCGUUUGUGACCGACAACAAAACUCUCUGUGUUUUAGACCCACACUGUAGAUUUAUGCCUGGAGCUACGCCAGAGAAGCCAGGUCGACUGAUACACGACGUAAGAAAGAACGUCUGGAGUGUCAGUCGAUACCGCGACAUCACACACUGCUACAAAAAUUUGCCUGACGUAAAACUCGUAAACGGUACUUUAUUUCGAUUUCCUUUGCGAACAGAAUCUAUGGCUAGAUGGUCUGAAAUCAGUAAAGAUCCCGUUCAGGAGACAGACAUAUUGCUUCUAUUUGAGCAAUUCAAAGAAAGUGCAGCGGACAUGCUAUUAUUUCUAAACCACAUUUGCUCAAUAAAGUUGUCUGUCGUUGAUGAACAAGGUCACGUUUUUGAUUCGUUUGAAGUUUCUGCAGAAAUUGACUUAGAUGCUAGACGGCAGCGAUCUGAGUUGGCGGCUGCUAUUGCAAAAUGGUCACCAGAAGAAGCACAGCACAAAGAAGCUUCUUAUUCCAUGACUGUUAAAUCAUCCGACAAAAGGAGUCGCCGGCAAUGGCUCGUCUAUCAGUGCAUCGGUAGUAAGUCUGAUGGUUGGUCUAGAGAAAGCGAACUGGCGCUUCUUCCAAGAGCAGGUAUAGCUGCUCCACUUGACGAAAAACUACCUGCCGGUAAGAGUCGCGCCUAUUGUUUCUUGCCAUUGCCUAAAUCUGUCCAACCAAGUUUACCUGUCUAUGUCAAUGGCCAUUUUGCGUUAGACUCGUCUAGACGUUCUCUCUGGCAAGACUCACGGGAAGGAGAACAUGUGCCACUUUCUUCUCGACAAGCAUGGAAUAACAACCUCAUUCAGUUUGUAAUCGCUCCUGCCUAUUGCCAUUUUCUAUUAAACGCAACCAGGUCUGUUACACCGCAAACAGUAGACAGUAAAUCCGAGAGUAUGCUAAAAGAGUUAAACAAACGUCUCGACUGGUUCAACCAUCUACUUCCUAGAAACGUUUCGUCUUCCAAUACUUACUGGCAAUUGUUGUCUCGUAAAGUCUACAACUUCAUCCUAAAUCAAAAAUUGGCUUUAUUUCCAUACGUCGGUUGUUCUCUUCCAUCAGACCGUCCUGUACUGAGUCCAUUGAAGCAAGACCGACCGAACCCGGAAAAAAAGCGGUUGACCGACUUUGACAAGACAAGACGUCGACUAGUAUCAACGAUUCGUUGGCUAGCAAUCGAGCCAGAGAAUUGGUUGGGUCUUCAACCUUCUUACUUUUUUCCAUCAACGAUCAGCAAUUCCGACGAAGAAAGAGUAGACAACUACAUGCUGAAGACAAUUUUGCUCGACAUUGGCAUUCCUAUAGUUGCAUCUUCCGCUUCCGUACGAAAUAGUCUACAACUUGUUGGACAGUCUGUUGGAGCGCGGACAAUUGAUCCUGCAGUCGUACUACUGUUCUUGCGUCAUCAUCGUAGUCAGGAAGUCAAUUGCAAACUGAAUGUAGAACGAAUCGUUAACACGAUCCUCCGAACUGUAGACAGUGCAGUGAUACUGUUGAAGUACGUUGUGUCUAAAGAUAAGUUUCGAGUCGACGAGUUGGAGGGUGCACCACUCUUGCUGACUGCAGAUGAUUGUGUACGAGAAUUCGCUUCAGAGUCACCCGUCUACGUAUCGCAGUACAGUUCUCUGUUACCAAACCAUCAGAAAUUAUUUGUACACCCAGAUAUUUACGACGUACUCACGCAAGCAGACGAUUCCAUCGCAAAAGCAAGUGUCGUUCGACCGUUCUCUCUUGACCAGCUAGUCAAGUGUUUGCCUUCUUCUGGGAUCUACGGCUGCAAUUGGGAAUGUAUCACUUCCCGGUACGUGGAAUGGCUCGAUUCGACGGUUGACCGAUUGCCAACAAAGGAGUGGAUAACGACGUUCUGGCGUUAUUUGGCGUCGCCGGAAAGAUUACAAGAAAAUGCUAUUGAAUUACUAAAGCCUUGGCCUGUCGUUCCAGCGCAGCAUGGUACUUUACUUGUUCCAGCUUCGUUGCUUAGUUCGCUCUUCUGCUUUGGCUCGAUGUAUACACCAGACCACGACGCAGACAUGGUGAAAAUACUUAGACAACUAGGAGUGAAGGAAAUAGAUGUAGAACUCAUGAACGCAGGAUGCAGCAGCCGUGUGUUAAAUCUACGUACGAAAAAGCCACCUGCCAGACUACACUCGUUAGUAAAGGAUCACGUUGCCGUACUCGACAAUCACGUGUCUGUACUAAAAGCUCUCAGCUACCUCUAUCUAGACGGGACGUCGUGGCCCUCCAUGAAUGUGGAGACAGCAGAACGAAUAUUGAAAUACAUCGACAAUGCCGUUACGACUCUACAAAAGAACAAGAUGUUACAUCUCAUCAAACGUCUUCCAUUGUUUGAAACAGCCGAAGGUAAACUGUCGCCUGUUGGGGACAUGACGUGCUACGUUAUGCCGCAAGACAUUGUCCUCGAUGGAUGCAAAAUCUGGACCAAACGACGAAAUCAUGUCUUUCUAAAAUACAAGCCUCGAUUUGAAUCAUUGUACAGUCAAUUGCAGCUCAAAAGCAACCAAACAUGUCAGGAAGUCUAUAUUGACUGCAUUUUACCUUCUUUUCCCAAAAUGACAAUGGAUCAACGUAUUAAGCAUCUCAUAUAUUUAGCUGAUUGCCCGAAGCACUCCUGGCUCGAUGUUAGAGCAAAGCUUCAAGAGACGAGAUGUUUUGAUUUUCGCGGCAAAGUAGAACCCAUUGGGCAUUUUUACGAUCCGAUGGAUAAUUUUUUCAAGUCGAUCUUCCCCAAAGAUUAUUUUCCCCCUCCUCUGCCUUCUUGUACCGAUGAGGACGAGGACGACUGGUUGCAGUUUCUUCGCAGUCUCGGUUUAAAGACUGUCUGCCCCAAGAAUGUUCUCGAAGAGCUUGCUGAUCGAAUGGAAAGAGUCGCACUUUCAUGGACUGACUUAGACCAAGCCAAUGUGGAGAACUGGAGCCGACAGUCUCAAUUACUGUGUCGACAUAUUUUCUCAAAGAUUGAUGAAUACAGACACAGCUUCAAGUGGCUACGAGAGAAAAAGUUUGUUGCGUGUCGGGAAAUCAGUAAUUCCCUCUGCGACCUCGCAGAUCCGUUCUACAAACGGAACACUCAGCAGUACGCAACAAGCUUCGGUGAUGCUAUCAAGCCGUCACCAGAAAACGAACAGCUUUGCUGGACCAGUGCAGCCAUACUUCCUGAUUAUGCAGUUCCCCCCUCUUCUGCUGAUGCCGACCAAGCUCUAGGAUUGAAACUUACACCAAACGUUCAGUCUGUUCUCGAUCAUUUUCAUUUCGUAACGCAACAAGUCAUCGAAAGAGAUAAGCUGGAUAUCUGUACACGCACCGUCGAGGGAGUAGUGUGCCAAGUCUUCGAAUAUCUAGAAAAGUUCUUCCAGGAUAGUAGACAACACCUAUAUACGUAUACAUCAUACAGAGACGGUAAUACGACAAAGGAAAUGAAGAUUAUUGUCGAUGCACUGAGUGACUAUUUCUGCAUAUUUCUUCCAUCAAAACAACUUUUUGUCAAACCACAACAAGUGGUAAUUGAAUUGAAAAAGGAAAUACCGCCUUAUCUGUUCAAGUUUCCACCGUAUCUACAAAUGUACAAGUCCUUUCUCCUAAAUCUCGGGGUUGCGGAAAGAGUGACGCCCGCUAGCUACGCUCAAGUUCUCCGAAACAUACAUGAUACGAGUCUGGACGAAACCGGCAAUACUGAUACCGUUAUCAAGGAAGCAGUUUACGGUCUAUUUGACUCUCUGUCUUUCUUGAUAUUACCAAGCACGUCAACCGGUUUAGGCAUAGAAACGUGUAAGACGCGCCCGAAUGAGCUCCAAACGACAGACAGUGAGGAUCAGUUGAUAAAAUCACUGUCGCCUUUGUACUUGCCUGAUCGUGCCAUGCACCUGCAACUGUCAUCCGAUUUGGUCUACUUGGACAGACCUGAAUUCGAGAAACACACAGAGCAUACCGAAUUUCAUUUUUUGUUGGAUCUUCAAACAUGCCAUCUACCGCCACUGAAAGAGCGAACUAUUUGCUUACUUCCUCCGAGUCUUAGACCGAAACUAUUCAGUGCGCUGGUGCAAGAAGUAUUACAUCCUGAUUGUAUGCACGAUGACGUGCAAGAUCCACGGCUUCAAAAAGUAGAAGAAAAGUACAGCAAUCUACUAUCUUCCACUCAUUUCGCUCAAGGCUUUUACAGUAUUUUCACUAACAAGCAUCGAACUACGCAAUUACCCAUCCCUGUACAGCAAGGCCUUGCCAUGCUACAGAAAUGUCUUCGUGUCAAAUGUCUUGAUGAGAUUAGAACAUGUUUGCAGCACAUCGACUCUGGAGACGUGAUCGAAAACAGUGAGAGAACCAUCAACUGUUUCUUGGACAAACACGACGAUGGUGCAACGCUCUACUUGUCCGGAAACGUCUUUUCUUCUGACGGACGAAUUCGAUGUCAUGUGACCGUCUUUCUCAAGCAGUUGGCAAAGCAAAUCGAGAUACUAUUACAAACAGAAUCGCUCGAAUCGGAGCUAAUGGUUCUUCUGGAGUGUGACGAUCCUGCUGAUAUUCGCGAAGUUGUUGAGAGUAUCGACAUUGCGUACAUUCAUGAAGGAAAUGAUAAACAAGACGUGCCCGCUUCCGAUCAGAAUGUUACACAACAGCAAGUGAUGCUUGGAGCGCCAGUACACUGCGACCACCGAGAUCUACUAAACCAGGCACUCGACGAUACCGUCCUCCGUCCUGAUAACUGGGUUGCGUACGAAUCGAGAGAAGAACACUUUGUUUACGCAAAGAUUGUGCAUAAAGACUACGAUGACAGCAGCAGCAACGGCACUACUAGUUUGGCAACAAGAAACUCAACGUUACAUACCAACUACGUCAUUGAUAUCGGAAAAGACGAAACGAUGACGGUGUCCGCAUUAGAUCUGUAUUCGUUCGAUGACGUUGAAGUCCAAGAUUUAGAAAGUCAUGAUCAGAUCUUUGCACUCCGUCCAUCAACGGCAUCUUCACAGGAAACCGAGCCCUUCGAUUACGUUCAGAACCAGUUGGAAGAGGCGUGGAGACUGCCGCGUAAAAGAACGAGAAGAGUGGUCAAGAGGUUGUACCGUCAAUGGUAUAGUAGGGCAAACGACCCCCACGCUUCACAAGUCAUUGAACUCAUCAACGAAAAUGUGAGACUACAUGACGAAUCUGGCUUCACUGAUUUGUUUCUGUCUUCUCUGAGAACAUCAGUUCCGUCUCGUCGUUUCCCCAGAAGUGGUAAACUUAUUCCACGUUCAACUCCAUUUCCUGACAAACAGAAGGGUGAGAUGUUUCUAAAACAAGCCACGUACGACUUGAGAGCAGCGGAGAUUCUCUACGAAGCAGCCAAGACGGAACCACAACUCUCUGCUGCCGUCUGCUUUCACUGCCACGAAGCAGUCGAGAAAACCCUCAAAGGGAUUCUGCAUAUGAAGGAAGGCAUUGACGAAGAGAGAAGUAAAACACACGAACUAGAUUACUUCCUGCACGCUCUUCACUCUCAUGACGAAUUGUACGAACAAGCUCUCGUGGUAAGAGGAAAGCCAAGAGACUACUAUUUGGGUACACGAUAUCCAGACCACCAUCGACCAUGUCGCGUCCCUGGAGACUGGUAUUCAUUAGGGCAGGCUGAAAGAGUGCUACAAGAAACGCAACGUCUCGUUCCCAAAAUCCAAUCUGCGAUUGCAGGGGUACGGGUUACUUCAAUGUGAUUACC